CGAGCCUUUCUGCUUAGCGCGCUGUGCCGGGAUGCUUGUGUGUGUGAACCUUUUCUGGGUUGAGACGAAUCACCUGCGGCUGUCAUCUCUUGCCAUCUCGUUGUCUCUCCCUCUCUCCCACGUUGAUCUCCCUGCUCUCACGUGAGAAGCACCGAUCGUCUGGGCGUCUUAUGGAGGCAUCAUCAUCUUCGUCAGCGGCCGCCGCCGGUGGCGAGGCCGCAGCAGCAGCAGCCGCAGCAGCAGCAGCCGCUGUGCCCAUGUCCAUGGCCAUAGCUGCCGAUGGGGACGAAGAACUGAUGGAACACUCGACUCUCGAGGUCAGUCAGCCGUGCAGCCAUACACACACACACACACACACACACACAUAUCUCUGUAUGCCGAGGAUUCACUCUCUCUGUAUAUGUGUGUGUGUGUUGCAGGAGUUGAUCUGCACACCGUCGUACAAGUGGAUCUUUGUGGGCGGCAAGGGCGGGGUGGGCAAGACCACCACCUCAUGCUCCAUCGCCGUAGAACUCGCCAAAAGGAGGGGAAGCGUACGAACGCUGCACAGAUCACAUCACACGUGCCACACACAGAUGCGCACACACACAUGGAUGGAUGGAUGUGUGUGUGCGUGUAGGUGUUGAUACUGUCCACCGACCCGGCGCACAACUUGAGCGAUGCCUUCACGCAGAAGUUCACCAACACGCCCACACUCAUUGACGGAUUCGACAACCUCCACGCCAUGGUGAGGACGCGACUGCACACACACACACCACACCGGAAUGCCCUCCCUCCCUCCCUCUCCCCCGCCCCCUCUGUGUCCAUGUGUGUGUGUGUGUGUGUGUUUAGGAGAUCGAUUCAUCGUACCAGGAGAACGCUGAGUUUCGGCUCAAGACGGACGAGGGCUGGAACCGUGUCCUGCCCGAGCUGCUGUCUGCCUUCCCGGGCAUCGACGAGGCACUCUCAUUCGCAGAACUCAUGCAGUAAGUAUGGAACACACACACACACACACACACACACAGAGAGAGAGAGAGAGAGCCGCCACACGCACACACGCAGAGGGGUGCGUCAUGUGUCGUGUGUUGUGUGUGGUGGUUGAUCGGUCAUUCGGUCGGUCAGGUCAGUGCAGUCGAUGAAGUACGACGUGAUAGUGUUCGACACGGCCCCCACGGGCCACACGCUGCGGCUGCUGUCCUUCCCCGACCUGUUGGAGAAGGCCCUGCAGAAGAUCCAGGCCAUCAAGAACAAGAUGCAGGGGGCCCUGCAGAUGCUCAACAUGGUCGCCGGGCAGUCAUUCAACGAGGAAGACGUAAGCCCGCACACACGCGCCGGGGGGUGGUGUUGUUGAUGCCCCUCUGUGUGUGGAUGUGUGUGUGUGUGUGUGUGUUGAUUCAGAUGCACAAUCGUCUCGAUGGGCUCAAGGCCAUCACCACAUCAGUGCGGGAGACGCUGCAAGAUCCCGUAAGACACGCCAUGAAUGCCAUGCCAACACACACACGAGGGACGUCACGCUCGUGUGUGAUGUGUUGUGUGUGCAGACGCAGACGACGUUUGUGUGUGUGUGCAUCCCCGAGUUCCUCAGCGUCUACGAGACGGAGAGGCUGGUGCAGGAACUCGCCAAGUGAGUGGAUGGACAAAGGCUACCCACCCAACACAGGGAGGCGGAACGGGCCAUGUAGGCGGCUGGCGUGGGUGUCUGGUGCACGUGUGUGUGGUGUGCAGGCAGGGCAUCGACUGCAGCAACAUCAUCGUCAACCAAGUGCUCUUCCCCGUCGGUGAGUAACAGACAGAAACCACACACACACACACACACACGCACCAGCCAUGGUUCGGUUCUCAUGUGUGUGCAGACGUGCCGGAUGACUUAGCUGCGGCAGAGGCAGACGAUGAGUCAAAGGACGAGCCCCACCCCAUGGGUGCAGACGUCGAUCCAUCCGAGACCAUCGCUGCACUGAGGAGGGAAAACAGAACACUCAGGAAGAAGGUGAGGUGCUGGCAGAUAUAUAACACACACUAUCGAAGUCUCUCUCUCUCUCUCUCUCUCUGUGUGUGUGUGUGUGUGUGUGUCUGUGUGUGUCUGUGUGGGGGUGUAUGUAUCCCUCAUUAGGUGUGUGCGUUGGAGGCCAAUCUGCACUGCCGUCGGAAGAUGCAGUCCAAGUACCUCUGCCAGAUACAGGACCUCUACACAGAAGACUUCAACGUCGGUACGUAAAUCAGCCGACAGACACAAGGGAGGGCCUCUCUGCGGGCUGGCCGGGAGUGCCACGCCACCAGAUCAGAUCUCUCUUCUCUCCCUCUGUGCGUGCCGUCCGUGUGUGUGUCAGUGUGUAUGCCUUUGGCGAGUGAGGAGGUCCGCGGAUUGGACAGGCUGCGCGCCUUCUCACAGGGGCUGCUCACACGGAGGGACCUGCCCAUCGUGCAAGACGACAAGGAGUGAAUCCAUGCGUAACACAGACCAUAGUCUGUUUGGGUUUGUAGCUGUUAUGCCACCCGCUGGAUAGACAGACGGACGGACAUGUUGACAUUUUGCCACUCUCAUGUUCAUGUGUGUGUCAAAAUGUGUGUGUGG